GGCCGGUCCCGCCUCCUCCUUCUCCUCCUCCUGCCCGCGGCUCCCGGUGCUGACGGUCCCGCCUCCUGCUCCCCGCGGCUCCCGGUGCCGCCGAGGCCUGCCCCGGCCCUGACUCGCCGGGCCCCGGGGCGCCGCAGAGCCAUGGCGCAGCGAAGGGCGGCGGCGGCGUCGGAGAGCGCCAGGCACCAGCGGCAGCUUCUGGAAGGGAAAGCCCUUGCAGAAGGUGGAUCAGCUCGGACAUCACUUCUUAUUUUAGUGUCCAUCUUCUUAUCAGCUGCUUUCCUCAUGUUCCUGGUAUAUAAAAAUUUCCCACAACUUAGUGAAGAAGAAAGAGAAUCUAUAAAGGUUCCCAGAGAUAUGGAUGAUGCAAAGGCCUUGGGAAAAGUCUUGUCCAAAUACAAGGACACGUUUUACGUUCAAGUGUUAGUGGCUUAUUUUGCCACAUAUGUUUUCUUGCAAACAUUUGCUAUUCCUGGGUCUAUAUUCCUCAGUAUCCUGUCAGGGUUUCUUUAUCCCUUCCCACUGGCCUUAUUUCUUGUUUGUUUGUGCUCAGGACUUGGGGCUUCAUUCUGCUACAUGCUGUCAUACCUAGUGGGACGUCCCGUUGUAUACAGAUAUUUAACAGAAAAAGCAGUCAAAUGGUCAGAACAGGUUGAACGACAUAGAGAACAUCUCAUUAACUACAUAAUAUUUUUGAGAAUAACACCUUUUCUCCCCAACUGGUUUAUCAAUAUCACAUCUCCUGUAAUCAACGUGCCAUUGAAAGUGUUUUUCAUUGGCACUUUCCUAGGUGUAGCACCACCAUCUUUUGUAGCCAUUAAGGCAGGAACAACGCUGUACCAGCUUACAACAGCAGGGGAAGCUGUUUCCUGGAACUCUGUUUUUGUCCUCAUGAUUCUAGCCAUCCUCUCCAUCCUACCAGCUCUGUUCCAGAAGAAGCUGAAACAGAAGUUUGAAUAAGGAUCAAACUGGACCAGAAUUUCCCAUACUUCAUCUCAGGAUCAGCACUUCUGAUAUUUGUAUAUUUGCUUUUCUAUUGGAUCUUAAGCAAUUCUAGGGGAGGCUUGUGAUUGAUAAGAAUGUCUUUAAAUGAACACAUGGCCUUAGAGUGAAGGAGAUGUGUUCAGAAAUGUACUGCAUAUAGUUUUGUAACCAAACACCAGUGUUUUACUUUGGGAUGGUGUGUGUGUGGCCCUCAGGGUGAGGGAACUGAGAACAUGGAUGAAACAUUUUGCUCUGGUUAUAUGCAGAGCAAAAACUGUGAUGUAGACAUAACCUACAGGUGAUGCUCUCUAACACUUGCAGGAAAACCCCCUGAACAAUUCAGCCCAACUUUGUAACAUUCUCUGUAGGCUUGCAUGUCAUCUGCUCUGAGAGCAUUUCUCACUAACAAUAUUCCCCUUCUUUUUUGCCUUGGGGAGUUUCCAAAUAAUGUAACGGUGCUCACUCAGAAACAAGGGUUCUCUGCAGUACUUUAACUACAAUGUUAUUCUCAUCCUGGUUGUUUACUUCUAUUUAUUAGUGCUGUAUGCAAUUAAAUACUUGAACCU